AUGGAGGGUGCAAAGCACACUGACUACGCUGCGCAGCCCUCCGGCGGAACCACCGCUGCCGCCCAGCGCCCGGACGGCCCGCGCAGCACCGGCUACGACCCUCAGAGUAGCGGGCAGCAAGUCUCGCGCUCGCACACCGGCAAGAAGACGGAAGUCGAUCGACCCGCAGAGUUCCCGUUCCGCGAGAAGCAGACGAUGGCCAACGAGAGCGACACGACGUCGGCCAGCGACUGGGCUCCGCAAGCUCCGCCGCCGAUGCACCUCCCCGCGACCAACCUCCCCUUCCUCCCCGAGACGACUCCCGAGACUCGCCACAUCAAAGGGACGACUUCGAAGCCGUACAACGUUCCUUUGACGCCGAUGCAAGCGAGCAUCUCGUACUCGCUCUCCCGCGUGUUGUCAUUGCCUCGCUUUGCCGCCUUCCUCGACACGCCACAGGGUUUCGCCCAGUUCUCCGCCUACCUUAGCUCGGUCGCUCCGCAAGGUCGUUCGCUCGCUGAGCUCGAGCUCUGGAAGGACACCCGCGUUCUCAAGGACAUGCUUCAGCAGGCUGGUCGCGGAGCUGCCGCGAUCAACGAGGUCUACUUUCGCCACCCGCACGACGACUUGGUCCCCGACCUCCCGCCCAACGUCAAGCGCAAGUACAUUUCGACGCUCAGGAAUGCUCGCGGAGGUGCGCUCGGACUCGAUGAAGCAUCGAAGCACCUCCUCGAGUCGCUCUACCGCAAGGAGUUCGUCGGAUUCAUCAAGUCCCGCCUCGUCCGCCACACGAAGGAGCAGCUCGCCAAGUAUCACCUGCCGCAGGAGGACAGGGGCGGCAUCGGGUCCGCGUUCCUCCUCACCAACCCGAGGCUGCCGGACGACCCGAUUGUCCUCGUCUCGCCAGGCUUCGAGGAGUUGACGGGCUACUCGACGAACCAGAUCAUUGGUCGCAACUGCCGCUUCCUCCAGGGUAAGGCGACGGCGCCGGAGGCCGUCAACAGCAUUCGCAGCCAGCUCGAGCACACCGACGAGGUCCUCCAGCUCGUGCUGAACUACAGGAGCUCCGGCGCUCCGUUCCUCAACCUCCUCUACAUCCUCCCGCUCCGCGACCGCGAGGGCAACAUCGCCUACUUCCUCGGCGCCCAAGUCGACCAGACCCGCGCCCUCACGACCGGCACCGACCUCUCGCUCAUCUUGCCCGAGGACCAGGACCUCCGCGCCGACAUGACUUCGUUCUCACCUGCGGUCCAGGUCGAGGCGCAGGACGUGGCGAAGCGUCCGGUUCCUCCCACGAAGGAGGCGCUCGACGAGGAGAUUCCGUUGCCCGAGGGCGAAGGAGACGAGGAAAAGGAUCGCUACGAGCAGCGUGGAGGCGACGGAGGAGGCAGGGCGACGUCGGUCGUCCAGGAGGUGAAGGAGGACGUCGGCCUUUCGAUUAGGAAGCUCCUCCCUUGCUUCGGCAAGAAGCGCGAGGCUCGCGAAAGGCGCGAGGGCGGCGAGGAAGGGACGCAUGACCAACAGGAUGAGACGACGACUGCCAGCGAGCCGCGCGCCUCAACGGAAGAGGGACAGCUCGUCCCGCCUCUCCAGAAGGAGUCGAGGAAGGUCUCGCUCGAGCAGCGCAUGCUCGACAUUCAGGUCACGUACGAGCGCGUCUCGAUCGUCAAGCGCACGACGCACGAGAUCCUCUUCACGUCGGCCGGCUUCUUGCGCUCGCUUGGCUUGCCCGGCACGACUCGCCAGGAAGUCGACCGUUCCCCUCUCGUCUUCCACAACCUCCUCGACUUGAUAGUGGCUCCGUCGGCGCCGAACGCCUCGUCGACCGCGACGAAGGAGCUGAGGGAGUCGGUCAAGGCGGCUUUCGAGCAGGCCAAGACGAUGAACCUGAUCUGCGGCUUCCUCUACAAACCCGAGUACGUCUCCACGUUUGCUAUCAUUGUAUCGACGAGCUCACGAACUCUCUUUAACAGCGGACCGCAAGCUCCCGUCGCGACCGGCCGUCUUCACCUCUCCCCGCUUCUUGACAUGUACCGCGAGUGCGUUGCGAUGGUUGCUGUGCUCGGCUAG